CGCAUUGCUGUGGCUCGAUGACUGUUUCCAGCAUUUAUGAUGUUAAGGCAAUGCACCCAGGAUACAGUACCGGAAAUGCGGCAACCGGAGAAAAAUCCCCGCCUGAUCUUUCACAAUACUGAUGCACCUUUCGGGUAUGCUCUAAAGGCCCCGAGCGCCACAUCCCUAAAUUUAGCCCCUUCUUCAGAGAAGGCCACAUCUCGAGCUCAGUCUUUUCUCGCAGUUGCUCAUCUAAGGUCCCAGGGCAGAGACUUUAAGAGCUCCGGUCGGAGUUGUUCUGGACAUCAGCUGCCCCUCACUACACGCCGUUAUCGCAUGGCUGUGUGCGGCACCUGGACGUGCGCAGACCCUGAAACUGAAAUGGUCUCAAACGAGGCCUUUGACGCUCUGCAACGGCGCACAGGGACGCCCGUGUAACACAAAGACGGGGAAGAGGGAGAGGCGCUGUCUGAUCGGAGACACCCUCCACCCACCUGCUCCAGCGCACGACUCAUCCGCGCCCACUACCGGGGCUGGAUGCUGCCGCUUUAAGAGCUGCCUCACUUGCCCUCCCCUCCCCUCCUCAACCCCUCCUCCGGCUGUUUUGUUACAAACAGACGCUCCAGUUGGUGACAAUGAGGAGGGAGAGCUGAGGCAGCGAGCCGGUGUAGAGACCGGGGAACCGUGCGGACAGAGAGCCGCGGUUUGGGACCGUGCCUGGGACUGAGAGCGGGAUCCCUGGGCACUGCCAUGCUCCGGGCGGACCACAGCGCCCGCAUCACACGCUAAUUUCCACCCGACGACAACAACAAAGGAGGAGGCAGCGAUGAGGGACAAGGAUUUCAAACCCGGCGGGGAUAAAGGCAAGCCGGCCACCUUCACCGGCGACAAGGCGAAGAUGGCGGCGAAAAGCGACAAGAAAUGGGUGAGGCUGGCCACGGUGCUGGCUUACGUGCUCUCCGUCUCGCUGGCCGCCAUCAUUCUGGCCGUCUAUUACAGCCUCAUCUGGAAGCCGGUGAAACUGCCGGCCAAGGCCGACAGCAGCCCCACGACCGACACCACACCCCACGACAACCGGGCGCAGGAGCCUGCGCUGCACUUCACCGUGCCCGGCAGCCCGACCCGGAGCUGGGACGGGGGCAGCUGGAGCCCCCCGGGGGGCGGCCAGACUGGGGCACCGACGCCGCCGGGGAACAGCCCGCAGACCACCGAGCAGGCCCAGCUCACGGGGCCGAGACUGAACGGCACGGUGCCGACGAGCCAGUGAAGCCGGACCUACCCUUGCCUGCACCGGGACACAUCGACAUCCUUCGGGUCUGGGGCAGACCCUCCGCUGCACCUCGGCAACUUCCAGCCACCGCCGCCCCCAACACGCCGCUCCGUCGCCGCACUCUUCACCUCGACACCGCGCCGUUUUAUAGAACUUUAUAUAACAGCGUGCAAGGACUCCGCGCCGUGAUAGAAGGCACAACCACUCUUUUAAUAUAUUUCUAGGACCGGUUAAUGUUAAAAUAUGGGCUGAGGAUCGUUUUGUUUCGACGAUGAUUUGUCUAGCACGGGUUAUAAUAUUCAUAUUAUUCCUACGUACCUCAUGUAGUGUAUUUAAAGGAUAACUUUACAUGCCUAAUGCACAGGAUAUGAUCAACCUCAGGUACAUCUAGAGCUGUAAAAUGUAUCUACUGUUGUACAAUAGUGCAACGGAUCCCGGGAGCUUUAGUAAUCGUUCGUAUAUUUUUAAGGAGUAAUAAAUGUUUCAAGAGCUGAAUCGGUGGCGUUUUAUGUGGAAGGUCGCAGUAAGUGUUGCGGAGCGGAGCGCCGGUGAUCAAGGGUUGAAAUUCUCUUUUGUAAUCGGGUUCCUUCCUCAACUUC